AUGAUUUCCACCAGGGAAUCAACUUCCAAAACCGACUCCAUGCUAGCGGACCCUCUGCUUCUCGAAAGAAUUGAUAAGCUUUUUGCGUGCAAUGUCGGCGAGUACAUCAGUCUCCCGCAACUGGUGGUGGUCGGGGACCAGUCAAGUGGAAAGAGUUCUGUCCUAGAGGGCUUGACCAAGCUCAGCUUUCCUCGUGAUAGUGGUCUCUGCACCCGCUUCGCAACGCAAAUAAUUUUCCGUCGCGAUACAAACUUGAAGGAGCGCGUGAUUUCAGUAUCAAUUAUACCUGACUCAAAUCUCGGUGCUGGUGAAGUGGAAAAGAUGAGAGACUGGAAGGUUUCUGGUGGCGAGACACUUGGCCAGGAGCGGUUCGUAUCGAUGAUGAUGGAGGUCCAUGAGAUUAUGGGGCUCUCUUCAUGUGAAGACGAUGGGAAGCCGAUUUUUUCCAGCAGUGUUCUUUGCUUGCAGAUCUGCGGACCUAACGAGGAGCAUCUUAGCGUUAUUGAUGUUCCCGGCAUUUUCAAAAAUACGACCUCCGGACGCACCACGAAGAACGAUAUCACCAUGGUCCGUAAUAUGGUCCUACGCUACAUGAACAAUCGCCGGUCAAUCAUGUUGACUGUGGUUCCUGCCAAUGUCGAUAUUGCCACUCAGGAGAUUAUCGAGAUGGCCCGGGAAGUUGACCCUCCUGGGGAAAGGACAUUGCGAAUACUCACUAAGCCUGAUCUCGUGGACAAGGGGGCUGAAAACAAAGUUAUCGACUUGAUCGAAGAUCAGAAUGACAACGGACAGCUUGGUUGGGUCCUCGUCCGAAAUCUGGGACAGCAACAACUUGAUGACAGAAACAUCGACCGUGAUAUUGAGGAGGAACUCUUCCAUCAGACAGCUCCAUGGACUCGUGUUCGAGCCGAGAAUUUUGGUAUCAAGGCAUUGAAGAAUCGACUACAAGAUGUCCUCGUGGCCACCGUCCGUCGUGAAUUCUCUUCGGUUCGCAAAGAAGUCAAUAAAAGACUGAAGGCGUCUAAAGAAAAACUCCGGUCCCUUGGAGAUGACCGUGAGACGGCAGAGCAGCAGCAACGACUUCUGUUGGAUAUCGUUACGACUUUCCAAGACAUUACUCAGCAGGCUCUGACGGCAAACUAUGGCGUACGCAAAAUAUUUGAGGACCCUGGACUGCGACUGGCCACAUUAGUCGUGACCAGAAACACUGAUUUUGCAGAUGAUCUUACCGCUCGAGGUCAUGAAUAUGCCUUCGAGCGAGACGAGAACAAGGAUGACGCAAACAACGAUGUCAACAGCGAAACCGACUGUGAACAAGAUUUCAGUGUCGAUGAUGCCCGUUCCAUGACAACAGAGGAGGAUUCGUUCUCAAGUCGUAAAGUUGCGGAAUGCGAAGAUUUGCACGAGAUCCUUCAUGAAGGUGCUCCCGUCGAGCCUUCGACUCAAGAUGGCAUUACCGCAUGGAUCGGCCAACUUUACAACGAUGCCCGAGGGUUUGAGAUUGGCACGUUCAACCACACGCUUCUCUCGACACUUAUGAGAAAGCAGUCAGCUAAAUGGCCGAACCUGGCUCAAGGAUAUGUUAGCGAUAUCAUCUCCCACGUCCACAAGUUCAUACAGGCGGCACUUCUGGCUGCAAGCGCCGACAGCGAAAUUUCUUCUCGUAUCAUAUCCUUACUGAUGGACGAUCUGGUGGAAAGUUACCGAAAAGCAAUUUCCGUGGCUGAUUUUCUUUUGGAAAUUGAACGGGCAGGCACUCCGAUGACAUUGAACCAUUACUUGAACGACAAUCUUCAAAAAUGCCGGGAAAAGCGAUUCAAAAAUGCUCUAGCCAAGAAAGCUUUUGUAGUUCCGCAUAAAUACUGUGAUGAAACAGUCGUCCGACUCGGCGAUGUCCAUCACCAAAAUCAUAUCAGCAAUUUCGAUCACACAGUUCAAGACAUACAUGAUAUCUUGAAGUCCUACUACAAAGUCUCUCGCAAGCGGUUCGUUGACAAUAUCUGCAUGCAAGCGACAGAUCACUACCUAGUCACUGGACCGAAGGCACCCAUGAAGUUGUUCUCUCCUGGCUGGGUGAAUAGACUUUCGAAUGCCCAGCUUGAAGAGAUAGCUGGAGAGGAUGCAAUGACUAAACGAAAACGCCAGCAGCUACGGAAGGAGAUCAAAGACCUGGAGAACGGAAGAAAAGCUCUGAUGACUUGA